UCUCUUGAUCCAUUCAGAAGUCUCUCUUGGGUGGCUGUCCAUUUUCUGGCAAGAUGACCAGCACUGUCAGGCAAUAUACCUCCUCCUCCUCCAUGAAGGGUCCUGUGAGUUUUGGUGGGGGCUCCUCUCGGCUUUCCUCUGUGCAUCUUGGAGGAGGAUACAGAGCCCCAAGCAUCCACGGCGGAGCUGGUGGCAUCUCCAUCUCUUCUUCCCGCUAUGUCUCUGGUGUGGGCAGCUCCCUUGGUGGUGGCUAUGGGGGAAACUAUUACAGCAGCAACUUUGGCAGUGGCUUGGGUGGAGGCUUCGGGGGCAGCUUUGUAGUUGGUGGCGGGGAUGGCCUCCUGGCUGGGGGAGAGAAGGAGACCAUGCAGAACCUGAAUGACCGCCUGGCUGCCUACCUGGACAAGGUGCGUGCCCUGGAAGAAGCCAACGGUGAGCUGGAGAUUAAGAUCAAAGAGUGGUACAAGAAACAGGGACCUGGUCCAGACCGUGACUACAGCGCAUAUUUCAGGGCCAUUGAAGACUUGCAGAGUAAGAUUCUAGCUGCCACCAUUAGCAAUGCCAGCAUUGUUCUGCAGAUUGAUAAUGCUCGUCUGGCUGCGGAUGACUUCAGAACCAAAUUCGAGACGGAACAAGCUCUCCGUAUGAAUGUUGAGGCGGACAUCAAUGGUUUGCGCAGAGUCUUAGAUGAACUGACCCUGUCUAGGGCAGAUCUGGAAAUGCAGAUUGAGAAUCUGAAAGAGGAACUGGCUUACCUGAAGAAGAAUCAUGAGGAGGAAAUGAAUAUUCUCCGAAGCCAACUGGGUGGAGAAAUCACCGUGGAAAUGGAUGCUGCUCCUGGAGUGGAUUUGACCAAGAUCCUGUCAGAGAUGCGUGAGCAGUAUGAGGCCUUGGCGGAGAAGAACCGCAAAGAUGCUGAGCAGUGGUUCUUCACCAAGACCGAAGAGCUGAACCGUGAAGUUGCAACAAACACAGAACAACUGCAGAGCAGCAAGACGGAAAUCACAGAACUGAGGCGCACCGUCCAAGGCUUGGAAAUAGAUCUCCAAGCUCAGCUCAGCAUGAAAGCGGCAUUGGAAGGCACCCUGGCAGAGACAGAAGCCCGCUACGGCACCCAGCUCGCCCAGAUCCAAGCUCUGAUCACCAGCGUGGAGGAGCAGCUGGCAGAGCUGCGGUGUGACAUGGAACGCCAGAACCACGAGUACAAGAUCCUCCUGGAUGUCAAGACCCGCCUGGAGCAGGAGAUCAGCACCUACCGUCGCCUGCUGGAGGGAGAGGAAGCCCACAUCAGUUCUCAGUACAAUGCAGCUGUGUCACAAGCUGGGAGAGAUGUGACAAAGACUACACGUCAAGUCCGCAUGAUCGUUGAAGAGGUUGAAGAUGGGAAGGUAGUCUCAUCUCGGGAGCAGGUCAAACAGUCGAGCUACUAGAAGGACCAGUUCUACAGUGGUGUAGUUACAUCUGAGAGAGGCUGUCACAGCAACAUCUCCAGGCAUUCAGUAGCAAAUAGUCUAUGCCCAUGCUCAUGAAAUCUUUGCAGAAGAAGCAGAGGCACCUGGUUCCACAGUUUUUUCAGUGUUCUGCCUCACCUUUCAUGCCUGUCACAUAACUACCCUGCAUGUUAGCAACUAAUAAAAGCUUGUUUCUCCAGUCAUACAAAUGCCAGCUGUUUUAAUAACAGUAAAAUAGGCUUCUUAGACUUGACUACCACAAACUUGUGUGAAAGUGUGAAAAAGGGAUUUCCUAAGGGAAGGAGCCUCUCCAACUGGAAGAUUCAGUGGACAUAGCAGUGUUUUAAUGAAUGUAUGUAAUUCUACCUCACAGAAACUACAUCUAUGUGGGGAAUAUUGGGGAUAUUUGUUAGUUGUUGAAGCAAACUGAAGUAAAGAAACUGUGGAAUCACAUGUAGUGAAACACUCUCCAAGUCAGUAUUUUGUACCAGAUAAAACUUUUAUGGAAGCUGAUUCAUUUUCACUUGCUUUCUUGUAGUAGCAGAA